UAGAUAGUGAGGCAAGCUCUUGAUUCACUUAUUAUAAUGGAUAUAAACUUUUUUAAUUCAUAUUGAUUUCUUUCUGUCUUAUUUUCUGGACACUAUGUAUUUUUUAUGUUUCUCCUGUCGUGAAUUGUAAUUAUUGUGUUCCUAAGAGCAAUCUAUUCUUUGGUAUCCAUGAAAUGAAGCCCGAGUUAUUUUCCAGCUUGAGAAGGCUUCGCUCUGACGAGUUUACGAUACUUCCUAUGAUUCAUUCGCAAGACACGCUAUGCUCUGCCAAGUCUGUAAAGACGGAUUUGAGAGCAUUGGAAAAUCCACUCGACGUUGUCUGAACAAAAGCCACAUUAUAAAACGACGACAGCUGAAAAUCCAAGGUACUCGGAAUCCGUUUAACCCUUCACACCAAAAUUGACGUUUGAUUUGUUAUAUGAUAGAAACCCCUAUAUACAAUUGCUUGUGUGUGUACGAGCAACACCCAUUUGGGCACCAUUACGAUCCACCUUCAUUAAGACGUUCUGCAAAACAAGGAUGUGCUAUAUGCAGCGAUAUUCCCUUCUAUUUCAACCGAGAGGAUCAGAAAAGUGGUGGGCAGAUACUUGGCUUCUGUACCAUUUUCAAGAUUUCCUGUUGUGGUGCCGACAGGUUCGAUAUAACGAUCGAAUCGAGCUAUGGGUCCAAGCUGAUCGAAUUGGUUCCACUUAAAAAUCAUUCGUUGCCGUACCGUUCACUCAAUUUCGAUCUUCGUGAUUCCACCGAUUCUUCGCAGACAUGGUCAAUGAUCUUUGAUUGGAUGAAGAAAUGCUCGAACCAUGAACGAUGCAAGAGCGAGGUUCGGAGCAAGCGCUAUAAACCAACACGGCUGCUCCAGACGAAUUUCCGAAGACUCUACGGGCGAGAAUCUCAUACUUUUCGACUAGUUCGAGGAAAUAAAUGUCCCAGUAAUUUGCCAUACGUUACUCUCAGUUACCGCUGGGGCAACAAACCUCUGGAUGAUACACUUCGACUUUUGAAGAAGACAUCAGAUUGGUUACAGACGUCGAACCCGAUUGACUGUCUACCGAAGACCUUCAGGGACGCGAUGUAUAUUGCGUCUCGCUUUAAUAUCCGGUAUAUAUGGAUUGACCGGCUAUGCAUCUAUCAAGAUUCCCCAGAAGAUUGGCGUACCGAAGCCCGCGCAGUGCGAGACGUCUACCGAAACGCGGAGUUUUGCAUCUCGGCGCUUAGUUCUGAAGAUGACGAAGGUGGUUGUCUUUUUAUUCGCGAUCCGACACUAGUCGCUCCUACGAUCAUCAAUCUAAAUCUAAACAGGACGGAGACUGCAUUCAGAGCAGAUGUUGAAGAUGCGGCGUGGCGUGGAAGUUUUCUAAACGAGCCUCUCAUCAAGCGGGGAUGGGUUCAUCAGGAAAGACUAAUGUCCCCUCGUACCAUUUAUUUCGGAAAGAAACAAGUAUAUUGGGAAUGCGCAGAGCUUCAUGCGUGCGAAACGCAUCCGGCUGGUUUCGAGGAGUUCAUUCCUGUAACCGAUUCUUCCAACCCGAACAAAGACUUGCAACGCGGUGAAGAUCGCUUCAGAUUAUGGAAGCAACUCAUUGCCGCACCACAAAGUCAACGUACCGAGAGAGACUGGCGAAUUCAGGUAUUUGCGAGCUGGAGCGCUGCUAUAAGUGCGUAUUCAGGCACUGAAUUGACUAACCCAAGCGAUAAACUUGUGGCCGUUUCCGGGUUAGCACAAGACAUAAAAACGAAUUUGCGAAGCGACAAACUAAUACAACUUAGGUACCUAGCUGGGCUUUGGGAAGAUGUCCUCAUAGAAACAUUGCUAUGGUAUGUCAAGGUUGGUGCCCGUGCCAGCCGGCCUACGAUCUACCGGGCACCAUCGUGGUCAUGGGCUAGUCUUGAUGGACAAAUAAUUAUGCCAGACAAGUUUCUUACGGAAAUAACCAAGCUCAGCCGUCUUGUGUUUAGUAGGGUGGGCUUUCUCGGCGAAGACGAUACUGGAGAAGUAGGAAGUGGGUGGUUGACACUAUUGGGACCAACAUGCCUCAUCGAGACCGAGGGUUCUUCGGAUAACCGGCGCACAGUAAAGUCAUUUCGGACGCCUGGUGAUCAGCAGUUAGUUGGAUGCUAUGACAGCCAUGACGGUUGGUUCGGUAAGUCAACGGUCAUCUUCGAUAUUAUGGAAGAGUUGAUGGAAGAGUUUUUCUGCCUCUGGAUGGUUACCCAACCCGCAGCAUCGCGAGGGUGGGAGGCAUCUGGGUUAGCUCUGCGUGCUUGCGUAGAAAGCUCUACGUAUGAAAGGAUAGGGACAGUUUCCUGCUAUUAUGCGGACAAGGCUGGUCUAGACGGAUUCAUUGAGGCAUUCCCCUCUAGAAUGGUGAAGGUUAUCUGAUCGGAUGGGCAGUAUCGGCCAUGUAUAUAGUGUACGUUCUCUCAGGUUAGAGACCACACACCCCAAUUCAAAUAUAGGGCUUUAACUACCUUUAA